CCCAAGGUCAGGAAGUGCUUACCCAACGGCACAUGGACGGACAUGACGCUGCACAGCACAUGUUUGCUGCUGUGCCCGCGGGUGUGGACCUCCCUGGAGAAUGGCCGGGUGAUGGUAAAGCCCCCCGGGCCACCAGUGGAGGGGACAGUGCUCCAUUACAGCUGCCAUGCCGGCUUCAUCCUGGAGGGCAGAAACAUCAGCCAUUGCACUAAACUGGGCAAGUGGGACGCGCCUAAACCCACCUGCCUCUAUGACAGAAACUACACAGGCAAGAAGAAGCUGUACAUCGGAGCGCUGUUCCCCAUGAGCGGAGGCUGGCCCGGUGGUCAGGCGUGUAUGCCCUCCGCCCAGAUGGCCCUGGACCUGGUGAACAACAGGAGCGACAUCCUGCCCGACUACGAACUGGAGCUCAUCCACUACGACAGCAUGUGUGACCCAGGAGAAGCCACCAAGUUGCUGUAUGACCUUCUGUACACCGAGCCCAUCAAGAUCGUCCUGAUGCCCGGCUGCAGCGGCGUCUCCACGUUGGUUGCCGAAGCUGCUCGCAUGUGGAACCUCAUAGUGCUGUCGUAUGGCUCCAGCUCGCCGGCCCUGUCCAACCGCCAGCGCUUCCCUACCUUCUUCCGCACGCACCCGUCGGCCACCCUUCACAACCCCACCAGGGUGCAGCUCUUCCAGAAGUGGAAGUGGACCCGCAUCGCCACCAUCCAGCAGACCACUGAAGUCUUCACCUCAACUCUGGACGAUCUGGAACAAAGGACGAAAGAGGCGGGCAUUGAGAUCAGCGUUCGCCAGAGUUUCCUCACCGACCCGGCUGUCGCUGUCAAGAACCUCAAGCGCCAAGAUGCAAGGAUCAUUGUGGGGCUCUUUUAUGAGACUGAAGCCAGGAAGGUGUUUUGUGAGGUGUUCAAGGAGAAGCUCUACGGGAAGAAGUAUGUGUGGUUUCUUAUAGGCUGGUACGCAGACAACUGGUUCAAGAUCAAAGACCCAGCUAUCAACUGUACAGUGGAGAACAUGACGGAGGCCGUGGAAGGACACGUGACCACCGAGAUCGUCAUGCUGAAUCCUGAGACGGUCCGCGGCGUCUCCAACAUGACAUCGCAGGAGUUCAUCGCCGCCUUGAUGUCUCGUCUGGGGGGGAAGAACCCUGAAGAGACCGGCGGGUUUCAGGAGGCCCCUCUUGCCUACGAUGCAGUGUGGGCUCUGGCCCUUGCUCUCAAUAAGACUGUGGCACCACUUAAGGCAAAGGGCCGACGACUGGAGGACUUCAACUACAACAACCACGACAUCACCUCUGAGAUCUACAGGGCCCUCAACACAAGCUCCUUUGAAGGUGUUUCGGGCCAAGUGGUGUUUGACGCCCAGGGUUCUAGGAUGGCAAUGACUCUUAUCGAGCAACUGCAAGGAGGCAGUUACAAGAAGAUCGGUUACUAUGACAGCUCUCAGAAGAACCUCUCCUGGUUUGGCAAUGAUGUUUGGAUAGGUGCUGGACCUCCAGCUGAUCGGACAGUGGUGAUCGAAGAGUACAGGUUCUUGUCUCAGAAGCUGUUUGCCGCUGUGUCUGUCUUCGCUGGCCUUGGCAUCCUGUUUGGCAUUGUCUGUCUAACCUUCAACAUCUACAACGGCAACGUCCGCUACAUCCAGAACUCUCAGCCAUACUUGAACAACAUGACAGCGGUGGGCUGCAUGAUGGCUCUGGCCGCAGUGUUCCCGCUGGGGAUUGAUGGUCACCACGUCCACAGAUCUCAGUUCCCCGUCGUUUGCCAGUUCCGCCUGUGGCUCCUGGGCCUCGGCUUCAGCCUGGCUUAUGGCAGCAUGUUCACCAAGAUCUGGUGGGUCCACACACUCUUCACAAAGAAGGACGAAAAGAAGGAGAAGAAGAAGCAACACUUGGAGCCAUGGAAACUCUACGCAACAGUUGGAGUGCUGCUGGCUAUCGACUUCCUGUCACUCAUGAUCUGGCAGAUUGUGGAUCCUCUGCACAUUACGGUGGAGAAGUUCACUAAGGAAGCCCCUAAAGAAGAUUUGGAUGUCCUGAUUCAGCCCUUGCUGGAGCACUGCAGCUCAGAGAAGAUGAACACGUGGCUCGGUGUGGUUUAUGGCUACAAGGGUCUCUUGCUGCUGCUGGGAAUAUUUCUGGCUUACGAGACCAAGUCUGUCUCCACAGAAAAGAUCAAUGACCAUCGGGCCGUGGGGAUGGCUAUUUACAACGUGGCUGUGUUGUGUCUGAUCACGGCUCCAGUGACCAUGAUCCUGUCUUCGCAGCAGGAUGCCUCCUUUGCCUUUGCCGCUCUAGCAGCCGUCUUCUCUGCCUACAUCACUCUGGUCGUGCUUUUUGUACCCAAGAUGCGGCGUCUCAUCACCCGCGGUGAGUGGCAGUCGGAGCAGCAGGACACUCUGAAGACCGGCUCGUCCACCAACAACAACGACGAGGAGAAAUCCCGGCAGCUGGAGAGAGAGAACAGGGAGCUGCAAAAGAUCAUCCAGGAGAAAGAGGAGAGGGUAUCGGCACUCCGCAACCAGCUGGCUGAGCGACAGGCUCUACGCAACCGCCGACGACCCUCCUCAGGCCAGAAUCAGAACCACAACACCCCGCCGCCCUCCUCCCAGCCGGAUCCCAAGUCUCUGCUUCCCCCGCCCGGCUACCCCAACCCCACCACGGACAAUCACGCCCUCCCGCCUUCCUUCUCCAACUCCUCCAACCUCUACCCGGCUGACAGCAAGAUGAGCCGCAACCACUGUCACAACAGCCAGAUCCCAUUACUGUAUAAAUAGGCGAGGCAC